AUGCAGCCACAAGAGGGCGCACCAACACCUAUUUCAGUAUCCUGGAAUGAUGGGAUGCAGCCACAAGAGGGCGCACCAACACCUAUUUCAGAAUCCUGGAAUGACAGGAUGCAGCCACAAGGGGGCGCACCAACACCUAUUUCAGUAUCCUGGAAUGACAGGAUGCAGCCACAAGGGGGCGCACCAACACCUAUUUCAGUAUCCUGGAAUGACGGGAUGCAGCCACAAGAGGGCGCACCAACACCUAUUUCAGUAUCCUGGAAUGACAGGAUGCAGCCACAAGGGGGCGCACCAACACCUAUUUCAGUAUCCUGGAAUGACGGGAUGCAGCCACAAGAGGGCGCACCAACACCUAUUUCAGUAUCCUGGAAUGACAGGAUGCAGCCACAAGGGGGCGCACCAACACCUAUUUCAGUAUCCUGGAAUGACAGGAUGCAGCCACAAGGGGGCGCACCAACACCUAUUUCAGUAUCCUGGAAUGACGGAAUGCAGCCACAAGAGGGUGCACCAACACCUAUUUCAGUAUCCCGGAAUGAUGGGAUGCAGCCACAAGGGGGUGCACCAACACCUAUUUCAGUAUCCUGGAAUGACAGGAUGCAGCCACAAGAGGGUGCACCAACACCUAUUUCAGUAUCCCGGAAUGAUGGGAUGCAGCCACAAGGGGGUGCACCAACACCUAUUUCAGUAUCCCGGAAUGAUGGGAUGCAGCCACAAGGGGGUGCACCAACACCUAUUUCAGUAUCCCGGAAUGACGGGAUGCAGCCACAAGAGGGUGCACCAACACCUAUUUCAGUAUCCCGGAAUGAUGGGAUGCAGCCACAAGGGGGUGCACCAACACCUAUUUCAGUAUCCCGGAAUGAUGGGAUGCAGCCACAAGGGGGUGCACCAACCCCUAUUUCAGUAUGA